UUCUUACUACGGCUGCAGACAGCGAGGAGAGCAGGUGGAGGCGCGCCGUUACACACCCUGUGAACUCCACCCGCGGACAGCAGCGCUCUUCUCUCAAUGCAGGCCAUCAAAUGCGUGGUCGUGGGUGAUGGUGCGGUGGGUAAGACAUGUCUGCUCAUCAGCUACACCACAAAUGCCUUCCCAGGAGAGUACAUCCCCACCGUCUUUGACAACUACUCAGCAAAUGUGAUGGUGGAUGGGAAACCAGUCAACCUGGGCCUCUGGGAUACAGCAGGGCAGGAGGACUAUGAUAGGCUCCGCCCCCUGUCUUACCCUCAGACGGAUGUGUUCCUGAUAUGCUUCUCUCUGGUGAGCCCGGCCUCCUUUGAGAACGUCCGAGCCAAGUGGUAUCCAGAGGUUCGUCACCACUGCCCGAACACACCCAUCAUCCUGGUGGGCACCAAGCUGGACCUGCGCGACGACAAGGACGCCAUUGAACGGCUAAGAGACAAAAAGCUCUCUCCCAUUACCUAUCCACAGGGCCUGGCCAUGGCCAGGGAGAUUGGUGCUGUCAAGUACCUGGAGUGCUCUGCGCUGACGCAGCGAGGGCUGAAGACGGUCUUUGACGAGGCCAUCCGAGCCGUCCUUUGCCCGCCGCCUGUCAAAAAAGCAGGCAAGAAGUGCAACGUGUUCUGACGGGGAGGGGACAGAAGGUGAAGCCACCGGGAUGUGAUUACUGUGGUCAGUCACACACGGAUGGGAUGCUGCCAAGUCGGGACUGCUCUGAAACAAAACAGCAAUCUACUGCUUGUACAUAAGGAGUUUAUCUUAACUGGUUAAAAGCAGGCUGAGGAUUUCAGCUGGUGGGUUAAAGAUGGUAUAUACAAGCCUACUUUCAGAGUGCAAAGAUUAAUUCUGUGUGGUGUAAGCCUUAAAACGGUGCUAUAAACUUGUAAUGGCCUGUCUCAUACAUAUAAAUAGAAAAGAUAAAUAAAGGACUUAAUUCAUUUUCAGGUGAAUAUACAAAAACACUUUGCACUCUCCAGUUCAACCUUGAAACCUGUAAUUAAAACAUAAAUUUCAUACAAAACAAGGAAACAGACUAAAUGUAUUCCCCUUUUGCACACCUAAUAUUUUUUCUAAUGCAGGCUAAUAUAUGUGGAUUUUGUGGAGAUGACUUUAUUUUGUAAUGUCUUAUUUGUUUUAUUUUUAAUGCACAGUUUGAAUAAGUGGUAACCUGAAAAUGCAUGUGAUGAGCACCCUGUUAGUUAAGCACUGUCAAAGCAGCUGCGGAGCCAGAUCCUGAUUGUGAGGUGAUGAAGGUCUGAAGGUCCCUCAUAUGUUUAGAGUUUAUUGUCAAAUUUGAUACAUAAUGACUCUGAGAUUUCUUUCCUUUUAGAUUUGACUCAAACAUAAUAUGUGUAACUUUCAGGAAAUCUUUGUUAUUAAUGACAUCGGCCAUUCAGUGAACUACAUUUUACAUCUGGUUGUUUGUGCUCGCAUUUAAGAUUGCAAACAUCAUCCUGAGAAUUAGCCAAAAAAGUGUUGUCGCACACACGAGACUAAGCGCUGAAAUGGACUGAAUCCUGGAAAAAAAUACAAUCAAAUAAUAACGUACAGUUUGAUGUUCCUGUAUUUUAUUUGUACAUUGUCUCCAUAGCUCAGCUUGCCUUUUCAAAUUGCUCAAUCAACUAAUGUUAAAAAAAGCUGUGUAGCGGUUACGGCUAACUGGCUAACCUUGACUUAGGUUGCAGUUAGCCAGUCAGUUACAGCUAGUCACUUAGCUAGUUGGCCGUCCAUGCCUUGCAUCGCUCAUAGCUGGUAGAAAGCAGUCGUUAGUUAUACAACAUAUAUGAUAAUGUUUUUGCAGUAAUGCUAGCGAGGAAGCUAAGGUUAGCCAGCAAACUAAUUUAGCUAUGCUCAUGUGGUGUUAGUUGCUUCGUAAUCUUAGUUGAUAAAAUCAUUUGCAAGCAUUAUGCUAGCCAAUUUACCAGCCAGAUCACUCCCAGGGCUGAUUGACAUUAACCACUCAAGACAGUAUUUUGCUGUGUUAGCAAUUCAUUUACGUUAGCAAGCUAACGUUAGCUAACAUUAAGCAGGUAAAACCACAAUAUCACAAUAUAUUUUCCAUGCUUUGCAGUAAUGUUAGCUUUGACUGUAGACUUCAUUUUGGGUGCUGGUCAUUUGUGACGUUAGCAGACUCAGUUUCUAAGCUAUUAUUCUUUUAUUCUUUUAAACACAUUAUUCUUUUAAAAGAUAGAUUACCAGAAUGGCACCAGUUUGUACAUUACAAGCACAGAAGACACACUCUUUCCUCAAAGGCAGAAGCUGCUUCCUGCUUAUCUAGUGAGAAAUGUUAAUAAUGUGUCAUUAGUGAACUGUUUUUUGUGGAACUGUUAUGCCAGAUGUGAAAAACAGGACCCAGACAAGGCCCCCUUGAAAGGUCCCGACAGGGCACCCACAUGCACUUACAUAGUGAAUGACUGAAUAGUUGUUUUAGUGAUUUAUGCAGUUUAAUUUUAUGUGAUUACAUUUGAGCAAAUGAGACAGGGGCAGCAAAAAAGUGACGAAUUAAGUGUUUGGGAUUUUGUAUUUAAUUGUUAAUUAUAAUGAUUCUGUAUUUUCUUAAAAUGUUUUAAUCAAUAACAACAAAGAUGCAUUUAACACCUAAAGGGGAUGAUUUGCUUUGAGUGCCUGUGACAAUGCUGCCAAAAGUGUACAUACAAACGCAUUAAAUAUGUCUGAAUGGA